CUGAAUUGGAACGUGUGUCGUUUGACAGUUGCAAUUGUUAUUUGGGGUUAUAUUUGAAUUUCAGAAAAUAUUUAUUAAAACUGACCUAAAUCAUAAAACAUAAUUAACCACGAAAAUGUUAAAGGGAAUGGUGAGUUUGGUAACCGGUGGAGCCUCAGGAUUAGGCCGAGCAACAGUAGAAAGAUUUGUAAAAAAUGGAGGGAGUGUCGUCGUACUUGAUAUUCAAGCCACAAGAGCACAAGAACUGGCCAAACAAUUAGGGAAAUCUGUUGUUGUCUCUCCUGGUUGUAUAACAUCUGAAGAUGAUGUAAAAAAAGCUCUCAACACAGCAAAAGAGAAGUUUGGUAAACUGGACAUACUGGUCAAUUGUGCUGGACAAUCAAUUGUACAUCAAGUAUACAACUUUAAUAAAGACCAACCUUCAAUUUUGAAGGACUUCGCUGAUGUUAUAAAGGUAAACACAAUAGGCACAUUUAACACAAUACGUCUAGCAGCAGGCAUGCUUGGCAAAAAUAAUCCGGACAGUAACGGCCAGAGAGGAGUCAUAAUAAACACCGCAUCCACAAUAGCGUAUGAGGGCGAUAUCGGCCAGGCGGCGUAUGCGGCCUCCACUGCUGCCAUUAUUGGAAUGACGUUACCUAUCGCAAGGGAUUUAGCGCCUCAAGGGAUCAGAGUAGUUACUAUAGCACCAGGAAUCUUCGACACACCUUUAAUAGCAUAUUUACCAGAUAAAAUUAAAGACUUUAUAAAACGGAUGACGCCCUUCCCGUCGAGGUUUGGCAAGCCAGAAGAGUAUGCACAUUUAGUAACAAGUAUAGUAGAGAACCCAAUGUUGAACGGUGAAGUGAUAAGGUUGGACGGUGCGCAGAGAUGGUUCCCCUUGUAGAUUAGUUAGUGAAGAUAUAAUAAGACUGUUAAUAAAUGUAUUUAGUUGGA